AUGAAAUUUGCAAAAAACCUACGUAUAAUUGAUGAACACAAUAAGCGUUUUGAACAAGGCUUAGAGACAUUCAAAAUGGGUUUAAAUGAAAUGAGCGAUUGGACUGAAGAAGAAUUGAGAGGCCUUACGGGAUUUAAACAGUCGAGAGAUAUGGUGCCAAUGGGCAAUUUAUCUCACAUACUGAAGAACAAGAUGAGAUUAAAAUUACCGCCUAGCAUCGAUUACAGAACAAAAGGGAUUCUUGCUCCAAUAAAACAUCAACGUUUUCAGGGUGAAUGUAAUAUUUGCUAUAUUUUUACGGCUGUGUCAGCGUUAGAAGCGUACACAGCGUUAAGAAAGAAAAAGACAGUCAGAGCUUUAUCUGAACAGAAUGUAAUGGAUUGCAGUGAAAUGGAAAAAUGUAUGGGAAAUGGCGGGAGCUCUGCAAAAGUUUUCCAAUGGGUAGCUAAUACUUAUGGCUUAAUGGCUGAAAGUGAUUAUCCAUAUAAGGAAAAAGAUAAUCCUUCAUGCUUGUACGAUCCCAAGAAAGCGAUUGCAAAACCAGAUGGAGGUGCCAUUUUGCCUUACAAUGAUGAGAUUGCUUUGAAAAAAGUGUUGGCAUUUAUUGGGCCAGUCUGCGCAUCCAUACAUGCAUCCGACCUAAGUUUUGUGAAUUACAAAAGCGGUAAGUGCGGAAGCAUAUAUCAAAACAGGAACUGUUCAAGUUCACUGCUAGCAAUGGAUCAUGAGGUUUUAAUUGUUGGUUAUGGUGAAGAGCGUGGGCAGCAGUAUUAUAUUAUUCGAAACAGUUGGGGAAGAACAUGGGGUGAAAACGGUUAUGGUCGAAUUCUUGCCAAUGCUUUUACGUGUGGUAUUGGCCGCGAAUCCUCCAUACCUCUAAUGUAA